GUCUGACUCGAAUCAGCUGUGGUGAUGAAGACAGCGGUGCUACGAACAGAACAUCCUGCAGCAUCAAUCUACCAGUGUACCGCAGUGGCACCACAACUCAGUUUCUGGGAACCUUCCGUGUGACAAAAUGGGAUAACGAUUGGUCUGACCGGUUGGAGAUGAUGAUCACUGCCAACAGUGAUAACAAUGGUAACAUGAGUGAUACGGUGGUGAGGAAGAGCGUCCCGGUGCAGUUCUCCGUUGAUCUGGCGAUCAGUCUAGUGGCUGAAGACUCUGUGACGUAUCUGAACUUCUCUCUGGAGGACAGAGGUCCAAAACCUCUCAACAUCAGCUACAAGGUGGAGAAUCUGGGUGUUAAAGGUCUGCCGGUGUCGGUCACGCUCACCCUGCUCUGUCAGACUACCCAUGUGAUUUUAAGACCUCACAGCUUCAGCAUGCAGGAGAACUCGCUGCAGUGCAACUUCAAGCCAGAACAGCAGGACAGUAACUACAGGAAGUUUGAGUGUCAUCCGUUUCUUCUGCAGAAAUCUUCAGUAGCUCACUUCAACCUGAUGGCACAUGCAGCUCUACAAAAUGUCAAGGAAUUCAAGAGUAAAUACUCCUUCUACGAGUUCAGGAUGGAUUACGUGUUCAACAUCAGCGCUGAGCUCAAAUUCAACACAAGCCGCCACAAGCAGAUGUCAAACAAGCAGGAUGAUCCCCACAGAUCCCAGACUGCAGUGAAGGUGGAGUUUGUCGUUCCUCCCAGUCGAAUGCUGAUUGUUGGCACUGGUGUAGUGGGCGGGUUUAUCUUCCUCAUCAUAUUGAUCCUUCUGCUGAAAUGUGUGUUUUUUACAGUAAAGUCCCCCGCAGUUUAUGAAAAUAAGAUGGUGGUUCUACUCAAAUUCAUCAAUAAAGAAAACUGACGUCUGAGUCAGUGUUUUGAAGGAGGGCUCAAAACUGAAGUUCCUUUUUUAUGUUAAUGAUUUUUAAUGGUCCAGGUUUAUGACCAGGUUUUCUUCAUUUUCAGUGUGUUCAGUAUGUUUAGUUUAAUGAUGUUCUUUCCAGUGUCUUUGUAGUUUAUUUAUAAUAUCCUAAGUUACAUACAUUUUAUGGUGUUUUUUUCAAUUAAACAGUUUUUGUCUUGACUGAAUCUUUUUUUUAAGCUUCAUGGUUUUUUUUCUCUCAAAUUUCAAAUAAAAGUAUUC